AUGGGAGAGACGGUGACUUUAGACAAAGUAAUCACAGAAGCAAAUACAUUAGAAGUGGUAAAUCAACAGUUAGUAUGCUACGAACAGAAAAACAAGGAAAACACGAAAGAUGAGAAUGUGAAUUCUAUAAUCAACCGAAAUACAAGGGUUAUCAAGAAUGAUAGGAAGGUUGAAGAAGGAAGCAGUAAACCAAAAUGUGGCAGAUGUGGCAACUUUACUCACAGCCCUAAUGAUUUUAAAUGCCCAGCUAAGGAGAAAAAAUGCCAUGCUUGCGGUAAAUUGGGCCACUAUCAAAGAUGUUGCAAAACUAAAUCAAACCAAUUGAAACGGAAAAUUGAACAGGGACCAACAUGGAAUAGAAACAAUUUGAAGAGAUUACGGCAAGGAGAUGCAAUAAAUUCUCUAGAAGGACCAGAUGAAGAAGUUCAGUAUGUUUUCAAUGUUAGCGACAACGCAACGAUUGAUUGCAACGUAGGCAAUGUCAAAAUAGAGAUGCUAAUAGAUUCAGGUUGCAAACUCAAUUUGAUAACAGAUAAGGCGUGGGAAUACUUAAAAAAUAAUAAAGUGAAUUGCUCCAAACAAAUCAAGGAGCCCAAUAAAAUGCUUAUGGCUUACGGGUGCGUGGAGCCCUUGCAGGUUAAAGGCUCAUUUGAGGCGGUAUUAAAUAUCGGCACACGGUCUGAGAAAAGCACCAUUUAUGUAAUCCAGAACGGGACCCGGAAUCUACUUGGGAAAGACACCGCAUUACGAUUAGGCGUUCUGAAGCUUGGGUUAGGAGUGAAUCAAGUUCGUGAAGAACAGAAACCAUUUCCGAAAUUUAAAGAUAUUCUGGUUGAAAUUCCGAUUGAUAAAUCUGUAAAACCGGUGAUGCAGCCUUAUCGAAGGAUUCCUAUACCAAUAGAAAAAGAGAUACAAGAAAAGAUAAAUGAAUUACUGUUUGCUGAUAUUAUUGAAGAGGUACAUGAACCGUCUUCGUGGAUUUCGCCAAUUGUACCCAUUCUUAAGGACAAUGGGGAGGUUCGAUUGUGUAUCGACAUGAGGCGUGCAAACACGGCUAUACUAAAAGAGAAUCACCCAUUACCCUGUAUGGAUCACUUGUUACCGAAAAUCAGGAAAGCACAAUACUUUUCUAAAUUGGAUAUUAAAAAUGCUUUCCAUCAAAUUGAGCUUCAUCCGAAUUCACGCCACCUGACUACUUUCAUAACAUCCAGUGGUCUCUACAGAUACAAAAGACUGAUGUUCGGAGUGACCUGUGCGCCAGAGUUGUUCCAAAAAAUAUUAGAGAAAAUGCUGAUAAAGUGUGAUGGGGUCAUAAAUUUUAUCGAUGACAUUUUGAUUUGCGGUAGUAGCGAAGAAGAACAUGACGCGAGACUGGAAAAAGUUUUAAAGACACUGAAGGAAAACAACGUUCUCUUGAAUGAGGAUAAAUGUAUCUACAAAGUGCAAAAAGUUAAUUUUUUGGGACAUGAACUGACACCGGGUGGAGUUAAACCCUUACCAAAAUACAUGAAGAGCAUUAAAGAAUUUAGAGUGCCCAACACUAUAGAGGAAUUACAGAGUUUCCUUGGACUCGUCAAUUACAUUAAUAAAUGGAUACCUAAUUUGGCUACCAUGACUGAGCCAUUGAAAGAACUGUUGAGACUGAAGUUGGGAAAGAAAGCGAGUAUCACUCAGUACUGGACAAGGAAGCAAGAUAAAGCAUUUAUUACGUUGAAGGAGACAUUAACAGAAAUAGAGACAUUGGGUUAUUAUGAUGUUAAAGAUAAAACACAGGUGAUAGCUGAUGCCAGUCCUGUUGGUCUAGGAGCAGUGUUGGUCCAAAUUGACUGCAGCGGGCCUAGAAUAAUAGCUUACGGAAAUCGUACACUGACAAGUUGUGAGCGUAAAUAUAGUCAGACCGAAAAAGAAGCGUUAGCUCUCGUAUGGGCUAUUGAACACUUCAAUACGUUUCUUUUCGGGAAAGAAUUCGACCUUAUUACGGAUCAUAAGCCGUUAGAGUUUUUGUUCAGCCCAAAGUCACGACCCUGUGCGCGCGUGGAACGGUGGGUUUUAAAGCUACAAGCUUAUCGCUACAAUAUUAAAUAUAAGCCAGGAAACACAAAUAUUGCAGACCCCCUAUCACGGUUGUGUAAUGAGGUGAACAAUAUAAGUGAAGACAAGGACUACGUUAAUCAAAUAAUACAAAUAGCGAAGCCACAAGCAAUCCGUUUAAAAGAAUUGACUGACCAUUCGGAAAAAGAUGCGGAGAUACAAAGUGUGAAAAGGGGAAUUUACCAUGGUGAGUGGGAUGAGUCCGUUAAAAAGUACAAGAUUUUUGAGAACGAGCUUUGUUUCUAUGAAAACAUUCUUUUGAGAGGCAAUAGGAUAGUUGUUCCUGAGAAACUUAAGAAACAAGUACUGAACGCAGCCCACGAAGGGCAUCCCGGCAUAGUGGCCAUGAAGGGAAGAUUACGCUCAAAAGUUUGGUGGCCGAGAAUAGAUAAAGAUGCGGAGACAAUGGUGAAGAGUUGCAAAGGGUGUACACUUGUGUCUCUACCCAAUCCACCAGCUGUAAUGAAGCGUCGGGAACUUCCAGCAGAACCUUGGUUAGAUGUUGCGAUAGACUUGCUAGGGCCGUUACCCAGUCACGACUACCUGUUAGUAGUCGUUGAUUAUUAUAGUCGAUACAAAGAAGUUAAACUGACCAAAACUAUCACCAGUGCACAGAUGAUCAAAUUAUUAAAGGAGAUAUUUAGCCGCCUGGGGUACCCUGUUUCUGUAACUGCUGACAAUGGACGUCAAUUUGUGAGUGAGGAGUUCAAGGAUUUUUGUAAGGAAUGUGGCAUAAAACUCUUCAGUACGGUGCUGUAUUGGCCCCAGAUGAAUGGGGAGGUAGAGCGUCAAAAUCGCGAUAUCUUAAAACGCCUCAAAAUAAGCCAAAUAGAACGAAAGGACAUCAAAGAGACGUUAUAUGAGUAUCUCAUGAUGUACAACUCAACCCCCCAUUCAGUAACUGGGAAGUCACCAUCGGAGCUCUUCUUUAAGAGGCAAAAUAGGGAUAAAAUUCCAAUGAUUAGGAACAUGACCAGUCAAAGCGAUGAUACAGAGAUAAGAGACCAUGACAAAAUUCAAAAGGAGAAAGGGAAAGAAUAUGGAGACCGGAAGAGAAGAGCAGAAUCACCUGACAUGAAAGAAGGAGACAAAGUUUACGUAAAAGAAAUUGAGAAAACUAAUAAGCUUACUCCCAGCUUUAACCCAACACCACAUGUAGUGGAAAAGUCCUUGGGCGGGGACAUUACAGUGAGAAACGAAGAGACUGGACAACAGCUCAGAAGGAAUAUUAUACACUUGAAGAGAGUGGAAGGCCAGUGGGAAGCUGUAAAUGACAAAUCGGUCGAGCAAUGA